AUAAGACGCUCCCGAUACGCUCGCGCCUCGCAUCCUCCGCGAGCGAUUUCGCGAAACGGACGAUAUCCUUAAUCCGGGUUCGCCUUCAAACGAUCUCGAACAAAGGAAACAACGUAUCCGCGAACACCGACGGAUCACGUUGUUUGCACGGCCCGUUUGAACGAUUCGCGGCACACGGCGGCUUUGGCGCGACUUUCUACGCGCGAAGGGCAUUUCGAAAUCUCAGUAGAAUCAUUCCGUCUAUAGUCAGACGUCGCUCGAGACCAACACGUGCUACGCGUUUCAACCGCUUAACCGCCAAAUAAUUAGCAGAAAUUCUACAGAAAUUAUCCAAGCUUGUUACGAGUAUCGUCCACAAAGAUACAUUUUUCAAUUAGAACUGUUAGAAUCGAUUAACGUUUCGACGGUAUAAGUGGAACGACCCACUCCUCGAUCAGUCCAUUUCCUGGUAGAAAUUGCGGGGACAAAUAUUAUUCAGACACGUCCACAGACGGGAAUAAAUAACAAUUUCAAUGAAGAGGAAUUAAUAUCUACGAGUGCGUUCGAAAAGCAAGAUGGCCGCCAACUUUUCGCGGGAAGUUUCCCUGGACAAAUAUUAUUCAGACACUUCCAAGACGAGGACAAAUAAGAAUUAAGAUCUAUGAGAUUUUCAAAUGGUAGAAACAGUCAUUGAAAUCGAAACUAUCGUAAAAUCGAGUGGACAAUGAACAGGUUACUUUCGAGGUUCGAAAAGAAAGAUGGCCGCCAAUUUUUCGCGGGAAAUCUCCUUGGAGCAAGACAACAAACAAAUUUCAAUAAAGAAAGAUUAAGAUUUACAGGCAUUGAGAGAAAACUAUCAUGAAAUCAAAUGGACAAUGAACAGGUUACUUUCGAGGUUCGAAAAGAAAGAUGGCCGCCAACUUUUCGCGGGAAAUCUCCUUGGAGCGAGACAACAUAACAAAUUUCAAUAAAGCAAAAUUAAGAUCUACAGGCAUUGAGAGAAAACUAUCGUGAAAGGACGAUGAAUAGGUUAGUUUCGAGCAAUGUUGGAAAAGAAAGAUGGCCGCCAAGAUUGCGGCGGAAGUGUCUGUGGACCAGGAUCGUUGGAAACAGGAAACAGGAUGGGUCCAGGGAUUGUUCGAUAGGUAGAGGCUGAUGGUGGUCGUGUUAUCGCGCUGUCUGUUAAUCUCCGCGGCUGGUUUCGAGGUAUCGGGCAUCUCGCGCAGAAGCAAUGAGCUGUCCGUGGUCGGACGAUGCGCGAGACAUGCCUGAUAUCAGUCGAAGGACGUAGGUGGUACGAGCCGCGCCGAAUCCAUCGGAUCUAGUUAAUGUCCAGCGCUCCGUGGUCUCGGAUGUCGCAUCAGCUCGAACGAACCAUGACAGAGGACCUGGCACGAAGCUGAACCGCGCGUACCGUCCCUUUUUGUGGUUCCCUCCCCCGCGUUUCGAAUCGUCGCCGGUUCCAUCGGAGAUCCAUAACCCCGCGGAACAGAUCGAUACCACCCGAAAAAAGAGAGAGAAACGAUUGAAAGAGGACCAGCACGCGAGACGGGAAAGAGAGCUGUCGCCAUACGGAAACACGGAAACACGGGAACCGUGUCGAGCAACAGCUUUCCAGCGUUUCAGAUCCUUCCGGCGGUCUUUCGAGAUCAAUCGAUACGCGACGUCGAUGGUCGUCGGUUUCGAGUACUCGCACGUGGAUCGACGGAUCGAACUUGACACGCCGCGCGGCUGAAUAACAAACGGAGCUGUUUCGACCGGCGUAGAUCACUACGGCGAACCACGUGGACGACGCUUGGAUCGUUUUUGCAUCGCGUCUCGCGCCAACCACCGUCUCGAUAUCGAGUUUAAGGGUUUCGUGAACGAAUCGCAACCUCUAUGGUAGAACAGGAACUGGAUUCGUGGUCGAGGGACGAGAUCUUUCGUCGAUCGACGUGAUACGAUAUUAUUCGCGCGGGGUGUUCGAGAGGCAGCCAACCGAAGAGGAGACGCGAGAAGUCGAAGAAGAAAGAAGAAGUCGAGGGGAUUGAUUUAACCUAAUCGUUUCAGCGUUAGGUCCGCCAAAACGAAUAAUGGAGCUGGGACAGGACAUAAAAAAGAUGAAAAGUUCCGCGAAUUACGUGAAGGCCAUCGAAAGUGGUAGCGUACAACCGACUCAGAUGGUCGAAACGAAGAUCUACAAGCGACGAUGGCUAAUAUUAAUGAUCUUCGUGCUGUACAGCGCCAGCAACGCGAUGCAAUGGAUCCAAUACAGCAUCAUAUCAAACAUCGUGUCGUCGUUCUACAACGUCCCCAGUUUAGCGGUGGACAUGACCAGCAUGAUAUUUAUGAUAACCUACAUUCCAUUCAUAUUCCCAGCCAGUUAUCUACUCGACAAAUUCGGCCUAAGGUAUACUGCUCUGGCAGGAACGAUCGGGACCACGUUAGGAUCAUGGGUGAAAGCUUUCAGCGCGAGUCCCAAUCUAUUCUGGCUCACUUUUAUCGGUCAGACGAUAGUUGCUGUGAGCCAGACCUUCAUACUGUCGGUUCCAGCGCGUUUGGCGGCUGUCUGGUUCGGUCCAGAUCAGGUCAGCAGCGCCUGCAGCAUCGGCGUUUUCGGAAAUCAGUUGGGCAUAGCCAUAGGUUUCCUUUUUCCACCAAUGUUGGUACAAAGCAGCGAGGAUCCUAGCGUCGUUGGAAGAGGCUUGCAAAUCAUGUUCUACAUCGUGGCGGCUUUUUCCACCAUCAUUCUGUGCCUCAUCAUUUUCUUUUUCAAAGCAGAACCACCGUUGCCACCGAGUCCAGCCCAAGCUGUGCAAAGGGAAACGGAAUCGUCCGAGAAUUUCCUCCAGUCCGUGAAGAAACUAGUCACUAACCUUGGCUACUUGUUGCUCUUGCUGAGUUAUGGGAUCAAUGUCGGUAUUUUCUACGCCAUCAGUACUCUUCUAAACACCAUCGUUCUUCAGCAUUUCCCACACCACGAGAAAGACGCUGGAAGAAUAGGCUUGACCAUCAUUUGCGCUGGGAUGUUGGGUUCCGUGGUGUGUGGUAUCGUGCUGGACAAAACGCACAAAUUCAAAGAGACCACUCUGGGGGUGUACCUCUUCUCGUUCCUCGGCAUGAUCAUCUUCACGUUCACCCUGGAGAAGCAAAUAUACAUUCUUUACAUAACAGCUGGUAUAUUGGGAUUCUUCAUGACUGGCUACUUGCCAGUCGGUUUCGAGUUCGCCGCCGAGCUGACGUACCCGGAACCGGAAGGAACGUCCGCUGGUCUGCUGAACGCCGUCUGCCAAGUGUUUGGAAUCACCUUCACGAUCAUCUACGGUCACUUGUUGAACCUGUGGGGCGAUUUCUGGGCGAACAUCGUCCUCUGCGUCACCCUGGCCUUCGGUGCAUUCCUCACCACCAUCAUUCCCAACGAUCUUCGAAGACAGAACGCCAAAUUUUAAACGGUCUUGCCCGUGGCUGAGGAUCUACGAAACUGAAGAAGAUGAACGUCCUCGAAACGAGCUUUCGGGAGUCGAAGGACUGAUACAUCAGGGAUAAACGACGAAUCGUUACGGUUCCAGGCUUCUGGCUGCGAAACGUUCGUCAGAAAUGUUCUUUCUGCGCGUUGCAAUAUUUAGACGAAUAUAAUCAUCAGCAAUUAAUUUUACGAGAAUCCGAAGCGACAGUGAACAGGGUGUAAAACGUAUUUUCAGAUCCUAAUAGACUCCUUAAUCCUGACAAGACAGCAGAAAGGAUAUCUUCGAGCGAACGGACGCACAGGAAGCCUGGAACAGUGAUAACAUUUUAGCAGAAAUUUUAGGGAAAAGGUGAAAAGGUUAUUUUCGUAUGUUUCUAGAUAAGAAUCUUUACAGAUCUAUUUUGAUUACCUAAACUUGUCGCCUCUGGAUCUCAAACCGAUGAAAUUGAUGAACCACGAUUGGCCACUGAGCCGAAAGAGAUCGACCAAAUGUGAUCUACGAUAAAUCUUCCGCCUUUCUAGCUAGUCUUUCUUAACGCGCGUAACUCGAGGAGCCUCUAAUUGAACUAAAAAAAACUCUUGGUCGCAGUAUUCGCGUAAUCUGAGGAUUUCGUGUAGAAACCACGCUCAGGAUCUCUUAUUUCACCGUUGGCAUCAUCAGUAUUAUCGUCUGCUCCGACUCUGAUGAAGCUACUUGGCGAAAUGUCAGCGCGGAGACACUUUUUCCCGAUGCAAUUCUUGCAUCUCGAUGCCUCGAGUCUGAAUCAUAGACGUUUUAAUGAAAGCCAGUACACGAGAGAAGACUCAGAAUGGACUUAGGGUAACAGAAAACGGUGAUAUCUAUGAUAAUAAAUAUUUAUAGAUUUUUAAGGCGUUCCGAGCAUCGACCUAUACUUGCUACGAUUACGUUUUUUAAGCGAACAACUAGAUUAUUUUGAUGCUCGAAAUUUAGAAAGCCUAGUUGCUAGAACGAGAUCGUGCUUCCCCCAGUUUUAAUUUACAAACGCGUUUAUUGUUGGAAAGAGAAUGUUUUCCACGACCAAUAAUUCUAUAGAUCUCUAGCUCGUUUCUUGUUACGGAGUUGCUACAGAGUUCGAAAAGAUUCAAAGAGUAGAAAAUUGGUUUUUUCGUGGCCAACUUUAGAAUUAGAAAUAACAGGACCAUAUUUCGGAAACGCCUAAACUAUGCAAACACUUUGUUGGAGCAGGAUUGUAAUUAUCGUGUCUCGAAAGCGCGAUUAUCGCGUUACGAGAAAAGAUUGUUCGUCGAGAUUCUGAUAAACUUUGCUUUCAAAUGAUAAACAAUAUCAUUCGACAAGCCCCAAAUUUUAUUUUAGAUAUAUAUUUUUUAGGAACGAUCGUGGAUAAGACGGACAAUAUUUGUAUGUUUCGUAUACGAGUGCCAGGAACGUGCACAAAUGUACCACUCCGUGAUUAUUGUAAAUUAAAAUAUUCCUAUAGUUAGGGGCCAUUCGCGAAAUAAUCGUAGACGUUUCAAAACCAUCGAGAGAAAUAUUAUAAAUAUAUAUAAAUCUGUACGAUGGAAUUGAGAGCUCAAGUCUUGACGAGAGAAAGAGGUUUAAAAAAUUUAUUUAAAAAAUACGAGAUACGAGACUCCUCGUUAUCGAUAACUCUUUAAAAAUGACUUUAAAAAUGUUUUAUUAAUACUUUAAGAAUCGCCUUCAACAGAAUCACGAAUUACAGUCGAGAGUAUUGUUUUUCUCUGUCACCGAAGCAUUUAUUAUUUUGUAUUAUUAAUAUUACAUUUUUCUUUUUCUUUUCCAAGUAUUACUUUACGUUAUAAGUUUGUACGAGUAUAAGCACGUUAGAGUGGACGAGAUUAUUUAGAAAAUUCCAUCAUUCGAUAGUGUUUUAUUAAACGGAAUUUUAUUUCGAGAGAAAUAAUUAUGGGACUUAUUGGACUCGAGUUCUCACUUCCCGAACGCCAAAAAACAGACGUGAUUUUCUAUUAUUCUAGUCUCUCGACGGUUGAUCAUCGCGAAAACAUGAUGAGAAUGUUAGUCAAUUAAUUGUUACGAGACGAGACAAAGUUGAUAAACGAUUUAAAUGUUUACGUAUAGACACGUGCAUGGAUAUGUGUAUAUAUUUUCUGAGAAUCGAACGAUAUAUAUAUAAAUAAUAUAUUAUAUUUCCGUAUACAACGUAAAAAUGUAUUAUUCGCAAACGAUAGUUGGACAAUAGAAACAGAAGUACAAUUCUACCAAGUUCAAAUGUUACGAGAACUAUAGUUACCAUAUUUUCAUGUAACGUUGAAAUGAUAUAGUGUUAAUGCAUUAAUCCGAAUUCAACUGUUGUAUUGUAAAAUAAUCUGCGGGGAAUGUUUCUUCUCGCCGGAGAAAAUCAAAGAAAAUAUAUGAAAAAAGUAUUAACUCGUAGAAAUAAAAAUAAUGGAAAAUCGCAGAUUAAGUUACGAUCUCGUUUAACGAAUUUUGCUGUAUCAGCAAUGUAUUGUUCAAACAUAUCUGUGUUAGUUGAUAGUAUUUUGUUGAACAACGCAUAAUUGACAGCAGAGGAAAGUAUAAUUCGUGAACAUUCGAUCUACGCUUUGUCCUUUUCUCUUUCGAGCUGCGUUUUAUUCAUUUCGAUAACUAUCGAGACGUUCCUUCAUUUUUUUUCAAAUUAUUCGUACGAAAAGGCAAAGGAUAAAGCGAAAAUUGCAAUCGAACGGUUGUACCAACGAGUCCAUUGGUCUUCCACUCGUUUUAAUUGUACAUUUUCGAACGAUAUUUUUGUCAUACACGUUGCUCUUCGUUCUUUUGUAAAUAUAUUGUCGAAACGCGAUGUAUACAGAACGUCCUGCGUAAUAAGUUUCGAGAUUUCUCGAGUAUUCAAGCACGAAGAAACGUUUUCAAGGAAAGCUGAUCUUUCUUUUAAAACAUUUCUUUAUCGUGUAUGUAAAGAGUACUUGAAAAAUCGUGAAAACUAUUAGGCGGUAUGCUCUGUGCAUAUUAUAUUUCGCUUCUCGUCUGAUGUUAGAGAGCAGGCCUACUUUUAAAGCUGUUUCCCCGAGCCGGAAACGCGUGACAAACAGAGAACAAAAGUAUCUGUGAUUGUUGACAAUAUUCGCGAUUCGACUGUCGUCCGAAUGUGUAAAACGUUAAAAAAGCUUGAAGAAUUUGACAAUCUCGCGACUGUCUGUAUAACGUUGUUUGCCUGUAGCCAUGUUGGAAACGU